UGCUACGUCAAAUGUUUCGUGACUAGACUUCUUCAAUUAUUUAAAACGCGCAUGGCAUKUAAAACACAACAACAAWAAUACGACUUACGGAAACUAGCAUGUUCACCAGGUACUUUUGGACUCGACCACAGUAUUUACGUGAAACAAACAUGGCGUUGAGUUUAACUUCUCAGCUGAAACCAUGGGAAACUCGAAAACUAUUCCGCACAGACACAAAGUUGUUUGGCAAACCAUCCGCAUCUUACAGCUUGGGAUGUCUUCAGGCUAAUGUUGCCAUACUUCCCUCUUCAUUUGCCGACGAUUUCAGUGAGUUUUGCCGUCUGAACAAAGCACCAUGUCCAAUAGUUUAUCGCAGUCAGCGUGGUGAACUAGAUACUCCACUGUCUAAAGGAUCUGACAUCAGGACAGAUGUUUCAAAAUACCUUGUCACCAAACGUGAUACAUCAGGAAAGCACACAACUUUACCGGCUUGGGAGUUGACUGAAUAUCCUUUUGAUGACAUGGUUACAUUUUACAUAGGAUGUAGUUUUACAUUUGACAAUGCCUUGAUAAAUGCUGGCAUACCAAUACAUCAUGUGGUCAAGUCCAAAAAUGUUGCCAUGUACAAUGCAAACAUCAAAUGUAAUCCUGUAGGACCUUUCUCAUGUGACAAGAUGGUGGUAUCCAUGAGAUUAGUAAAGAAAGAUGAUGUUGAAAAAGCAGUAGCUGUGACAGCCAAGUAUCAUGAGGUUCAUGGUGCUCCAAUACAUAUUGGUGAUCCUAAGAUGAUUGGAAUAACAGAUAUUUUCAAACCUGAUGCUGGAGACAGCCCAGAGAUCAAUGAUGAUGAAGUUCCUGUGUUCUGGGGAUGUGGUGUUACAACAUCUGUAGCUAUUAAAAGUGCCAAACCUGAUAUUUGCAUUUCUCAUUCGCCUGGAUGCAUGUUUAUAUUUGAUAUUGAUGUGAAGGACUUCUUCAAAGAGCAUCCACCUCCACAUGGCAAUGAACAACCUAAAGUAAUUUCAUUGCAAGAUGACCCUUACUAUGCCUGUAUUCUUGGUGAACAUGCCUUGGAUAAAAUCAACCAGCUAGAACAAGUCAUUCAAGAUGAUCCUGGUAACAGAGGAAUAAAGCCUCUUCACAAACCAGGGGAGCUUGUUAGAGCAGCUUUAAGGUUGUCUAAAGCAAACUCGAUUGCUAUAGUUACAGGUUUCCCUGUCAAAUGUGGGAAUGACUACCUCCCUGAAACAGAUGGACCAUUAGGUGCACUAACAAUGGCUAAAGCUUUCCUGGCUCUUGGCAAAAGUGUUACACUUGUUGGAAGUCAUUACACUACUAAUAUAUUCAGAGACAUUGUUCAAGAUAGUGUUGAUGCAAAGAUUAUUCCAAAAGGUAUUGCAGUUGAGGAAUUCACUCCCUGCACAAGUAAACCACCUCAAAAAUCAGCCUGCGAAUUUCUCUAUCAUGAUCAAGAUUGCACAAAACCACGAUUUGAUGCUCUUGUUGCAAUAGAAGCAUUAGGAAGAACAGAACAUGGUUAUUACAAGUCAAUGCAUGCUAGGGAUUUAACAUCUAUCUGCAAGAUCAGUCCCGUUGAUGAAMUCUUUAUUCAAGCUCAAUGUAAAGGAGGUAUCUCAACAAUUGGCAUAGGUGAUGGUGGAAAUGAAAUAGGCAUGGGUAACGUUAAGAUGGAAGUUCAACAACAUAUCAAAAAUGGUCAAGAAAUUGCAUGUGCUGUGACUGCUAAUCACUUGAUAACUGCUGGUGUGUCUAACUGGGGUGGAUCAGCACUUGCAAUGGCAGUAUUUAUAUUACAAAAUUGUCUUCUUCAUUCUCGCUAUCUACAUCAUGGAAUUGGUGAACACYGUCCAGUCAAACAGGAAGAUAUGGUGAAUUCUUACCAACAGGAAGAGAAACUUCUGGAGUUGAUUAUAUCUCGUGGUUGUGUUGAUGGUGUACUAGCCAAACCUGGUAUGUUGGUGGAUGGAAUCGAAUUUAAUGACACUCACAAAACUAUCACAGAGAAAAUGUUCUCAAUAUUGUAAAUUACUUUCAGAGAAGAAAUAAUAAGAUUUUUUAAAAAGGC